GAAUCGUCGCUUGUAUGGCGCCCUGGAUGCCUGAAGCCUUUUGGUUUUUGGUGGUUGUCGGUGUUCAGAUGUUGGUACCUGUGGCGUCGAUUGUGGUUUGCGAGAAAGUGGCCUGGCAGUGGUCUGUUCGGUUAAUUCUGACUUGAUCCCACCUUCUGUAAGACUGGCGGCGCGCGGCGCCGGCAUGGACGAAUACACGGUGCCGGAGCUGGCGCAGCUCCUGCACCGGCUGCCGCACGUAGGUGCCGACCUCCGGCCCGUGUCCGCCCAGUUCAACCUCUCCAGCACCAGCUACACAGAGUCUCUGCUGGUGGUGGGCUCGGUGCCGGCGCUUUGGCUGGUCUUCACGCUGCUGCUGCUGCUCGUCUACUUGCUGACUCGCUGCUGCUGCGGCAAACACAAGCAGCGCCACUCGUUCGUCGGUCUCAAGUGGACGCUCGGCUUCACAGCUGUGCUCACCUGUUUGGUGAUUGCGGGCGGUUUCUAUGGCAACCACACGCUGCACCAGGGCUCCACUCAGUUCGUGUCAGCCACGACGGAUAUCGCUAAUACGUUCGACCAAGUGCGGAACCAGACGCGACUGGUCGAGUCCAAGCUGCUGCGCGAGGUGAGCGUCAGCUCUCGCCAGCUGCAGCGGCUCUUCCUCUCGGACAGCCAGCCCAGCAACGCCUCCAUCGUCGGCUGGCUCGACAGACAGAUGUCGGUGGUGGACGUGAACGUCUCGACCAGCGUAUCGGCGGUGCGGGGGCUGGCAGCCCGGCUGGAGAACGUGCAGGAGGACGCGCUGCCCGUCUACGUCCGACUCUCGGAGACCAUCAGGUGGCCGGCUACCAUGGGACUGCUGAGUUUGUUCGCCCUGGCCUGCCUGGCGCUGCUCAUCGGCGUGAUCCGCCACUCACGCUGUCUUCUUAUCACGUUCUCGAUCGUGUCUCUGCUGGCGGUCAUCAUCUGCUUCCUGCUGUCGUCGGUCCACGCCGCUGUGACGAUGGCGGUGGGUGACUUCUGCGUGUGGCCGGACGCGGCCGUCCGGGCCGAGUUGCGGGGCCAGUUUCCGCCGGAGGUCACAGAGCUGGCGGUGGCUUACUACCUCAACUGCAGCCGGCCGCGCCACUCGCCGUGGUCGGCCGACCUGGUCGACGGACAGCGGCGCGCCGCCCGCCUCGCCGCCGCCGUCGACCGCGUCUACGGCGUGGCCGUCAAGUACUACCCGUCCCAGCAGCUGGAGCCCACCAUCCAGUCUCUGAAGGACGACCUGAACGUCACUGGCCAGGCGUACGUCACCAUGGAGCGAGCGCUGGACUGUGAGCACGUGCACCGCCAGUACGUGGCCGCCCUCAACGCCCUCUGCCGACCCAUGCUGGUGGGGCUGACGGUACUGCUCCUGGCGCUGCUCACCUGCGGCCUGCUCUUCACCGUGCUGGCGUGGUGUGACGCGCACGCCUGGAUCCACAUACAAAAGCGGCGAGACUACCUCCGCGUGGAGACAAUAGACCCGUUCCUGCAGGGCUCGCGCCGCCCGCCUCUGGUGGGCGCGGCUGGCGGCGGCAGCGGCGGCGGUGGCGGCGGCGGCGGCGCGGCCGGCGGCGGCGGCUCGCUGCGCUCCGUGCGCACGUCGCCGCACGGCUCGCUGCUGGCCUCGCUACGCGCGACGCGCGCUGUGCCACCGGCCCGGCUCGACCUGGCUGGGACGCCCGGCGACGUCACGGACCGCAUGCGCGGUCUGCAGGGCUGCCGCUGGCUCCUGUCCGGGUCAGGGGGCGUGACUGGCAACGACGUGCGUCAGCGACCGAACGCCUGA